UUCUUUUUCUUUUUCUUUUUUUUACUUCUUCAAUACAAUACCUCUCUUUUCCUAUACUUAAUAUGCUUGAUGAAAGACAAAUCAGACUAUACAAAACUGAAAUGUGCCGUAACUGGCAAGAAAUAGGUUCAUGCAGAUAUGGACAUAAAUGUCGAUUUGCUCAUGGCGAGCAAGAACGUAGACAUGUCCAACGCUCUCCUAAAUAUAAGACGCAGAUUUGCAAGACUUUCCAUCUAACAGGGACCUGUUUAUAUGGCGUACGAUGUGUAUUUAUUCACGAUGAACACCAAGAUAGUACAAAUAGGCUGAAUGCUCUGGCCACACCGUUCGUGUUUCAUAAUGAAAAAAUGACUAUGCCCUCAGAUUUUAUGUGGUUUACACCUCUUCCUUUCGACCGUAGAUACUCCUUUUCAUCCUCUUCUUCAUCUUCAUCGUCUGCUGUAACACUUUGCUAAAAAGAUUUUGACAUAUAAUGCAUUCAACCCCCCUAAAUUUUAUUGUUUUAUCCUCUAACCUUAUUUUUGAUACAGCCUCUUGCUAUUGUUUCAUGUUUAAAAAUUAUUUUCCCUUGUGUCUAAAACAGGCUUAUUACCUGAUCCUUUUAUAUAAACACAUAAAUAGCUUUUGUAAGAAUAUUCUCCAAUAGUAGUAGUAAUAUUGUAGAUGGGUUCUAAUUUUGUCUUAUCUAUGUACGCAGG